AUGGAUCAAAAUCCUAUCUUCAGUAGUAGUAUUGCUACUUUAAAUGUAAGCCAGGAGGAAGAUACCACUUCUUCCGAAGAGUAUGAUUUCUCAGAUGUGGUUCUCAAUUACAUUAACCAAAUGCUUAUGGAAGAAGACUUUGAAAAGAAGAACAGCAUGUUUCAAGAAUCUUCUGCUCUUCAGGCAGCAGAAAAACCCUUUUAUGAAAUUCUAGGCGAGAAGUAUCCCCCUCCUCCUGAUUAUAACCCCCUUCUUCAUGAUGUGCAUUUAGAGAGUGAACCGAUUUGGAGUUUUAGAAAAGGUGUUGAGGAAGCAAAUAAGUUUCUUCCAGAUGAUAAUAACCUGAUUGUUAACCUUGAGCGUAAUGAGGAAAGAAAGAUUUCGAUGACUGGGUCGAGAGGAAAGAAGAAUGUGCACAGGGAAGAUAUAGAAGUUGAAGAAGGGAGGAGGAGUAACAAGCAAAUGGCUGUCUUCUCAGAAGAAGCAGUGCAAAAAGCAAUGUUUGAUAUGGUAUUGCUCGGUGAUGAAGGAGAAUGUGAUAGUGCAAAUUCAACUCUACGUGAAUCCUUGAAGAUUGAAGCAAGUAAAAACUUGAAGCAGAAUGGGCAAACAACUGGACAUUAUGCUGAUAAAUUUCGUGGUAAGAAACAAAACUCUGAAAUGGAUGUGGUGGAUUUGCGGAAACUACUUAUUCGCUGUGCGCAAGCCAUUGCUGCUGAUGAUCGUAUGACUGCUAGUGAAAUGCUGAAGCGGAUAAGACUACAUUCUUCCCCUUUAGGAGAUGGUUCACAAAGGUUAGCGCAUUGCUUUGCUGAUGGCCUCGAGGCACGUUUGGCUGGAACCGGGAGCCAGAUUUACUCAAUUCUUCUGCACAAGAAAACAUCAGCUUCUGAUUUCUUGAAAGGUCAGCACCUCUUUAUGGCAGCAAUCCCAUUUAAGAAGGCAUCAACUUUCUUUGCAAAUCAAACAAUAAAUGAUGUGGCUGAAAAUGCUAGUAUACUUCACAUAGUAGAUUUUGGGAUCCUCUAUGGUUUCCAGUGGCCUGGCCUUAUCCAGCGCCUUUCGAAAAGAAAGGGUGGCCCUCCUAAACUUCGGAUUACUGGCAUAGAUUUUCCUCAACCUGGUUUCCGCCCAGCCGAUAGGGUUCAAGAAACGGGUCGUCGGUUAAGAGACUAUGCAGAGGAAUUCAGUGUCCCAUUUGAGUACCAUGCAAUUGCUCAGAAAUGGGAAACCAUUCAACUGGAGGAUCUCAAGAUUUAUAAAGAUGAAGUUCUUGUUGUCAACUGUGUGUAUCAAGCUAGAAAAUUACUUGACGAGACUGUGAUAUCGGACAGUCCAAGGAGUGCUGUUCUGAACCUUGUAAGGAAAAUGAAUCCUAAUGUUUUUGUACAUGGGGUUACCAAUGGUGCCUACAGUUCCCCGUACUUCGUUACACGGUUCCGGGAGGCUCUCUUUCGGUUUUCUUCUAUGUUCGAUUUGCUUGAAACUAAUGUCCCUCGUGAACAUCCUGGGAGAAUAAUCAUCGAGAGAGAUCUUCUUGGGAAGGCGGCUUUUAAUGUCAUUGCAUGCGAGGGGUCAGAGAGGGUUGAGAGGCCGGAGACGUAUAAACAGUGGCAUUUAAGGACUGUGAGGGCUGGGUUCAUGCAACUCCCACUGAACAAGGAUAUAUUGAACAAGGCGAAAGACAAUGUGAAAUUGUUCUACCACAAAGAUUUUGUUGUAGAUGAAGAUAGCCAGUGGAUGCUUCUAGGAUGGAAAGGGAGAGUUAUCUUUGCCCUUUCUUCUUGGAGGCCCAUGUAAGACUUGUGUUUUUUUAAACUGCUGUGUUCAUCUAGAGGUUUUCAAAUUUCAAGGUUGGUGUCCCAGGGGAGCCAGAUUAGGAGAAAAUUUUUGAUGGGGGAGUUUUUUGAUGGGGACA